CGCCCCUUUUUUUCUGCUCUGAAUUGCUGCCUCCCCCGCUCUUGUGCGUAGCCGCCAGCCGGCAGCUCCCCUCGCGCUGGCUAGCUGCUCCAAAUAGCAAGCCCAGGGAGCCAGCACGCCCGCUCUAUACCCCAAGGCCACCGCCGCUCCCUCCCCCGAGCGAGAGCGAGCGCGAGCGCGAGCGCGUGUGCGGUCCAUGCGUGCCAAUUGACUCGCGCCCACGAGCACGCUCUCCCAGUCCCAGUCUCGACCUCAGUCACUCCCUCCCGGGGCCUAGCGACGACCUCGUCAGCUGCAGUACCUUGCUCCGCCGGCCCGGCGCGGCGCGGCGCGCGGCGGUGUUAGCGAGCGGGAUCUGCUCCCACGGGCGAGCGGCCGUCCAUGGGCUGGCCGCCGAGCUGCGGCUUGGGCCGGCGACGACGGGGCCUAUCGGCCACGCUGCCGCUCUUCGUCGUCGUCCUCCUCCUCCUGCUGCUCUUCUUCUCCACCCCCGGGACGUGUGGCACGCCGGCGAAGGGGAGCGGCGGCUUGGUGGCGCCGCCGACGACGACGACGGAGGAGGAGGACGGGUACUCCUGGUCCUGGGACCCGGCGGCGGCGCGCCGGGGGCUGGUGGGGCCGGGGUCGUCGCCGCCCACCUGCCGCAGCCGCUGCGGGGGCUGCCACCCCUGCCGACCCGUCCACGUCGCCAUCCAGCCAGGCCGGAGCUUCCCGCUCGAGUACUACCCGGAGGCCUGGCGCUGCAAGUGCGGCAACAAGCUCUUCAUGCCCUGACACAGCGGCAGCGGCAGCGGCAACGGCAACGGCGGCGCCAUCUCUCCCUGCUGCGCACACGCUGAGGCUCAUGCUGGUGCAUGCUGCCACUGGUGCUUCGCUCACUCACAGGAGCUCGCUCUACAGCCACGGCGACGCAGCUGCUGCCUGCACGCGCGUACUGCACGCAGGGGAGGCUGGUGUAGAGAGACACAUGGAGAAGAACACGGCAAGGAAGAAGAAGAAGGUUCUUGGUGACAAGAGGACACGAACACGAGACGAACAAGAGAUUUGCCCGAGACAAAAGACCAUGCAAGUAUGGAACACAGCAUGGAUGGACCGGCCUCGAUUGUAGUACCAUCUAAUGAUUGGAAGAACAUUUGCUGAGUUCUUGGAGACUACUGAUACACGAUCGAGCUAGUCUGAUACUCCCUCUACUCUACUCCUAUGUUUGUAAGUAACCGGUUGUGUUGUGUGUCGUGUGUACAAAGAGAGAGAGAUGGAUCGGACGUCGAUGUCGCCAUUUUUGUUCUUCUUUUUUCUGCAUUUUGCUUCCUGCUGCUCUUGGUUCUUGGCUCCCUGCUUUCGCUACGGUUCUAGCCUUCUGGGGAUAUUAAUUAGUGAUGUCCCAGCCAGCUGCGAUUAUGAUCUGUGCUUGUGAUUCGGACAUAGAUAACUUUUGAUGCGAUUAUGAUCGAUCUGCACUAUGAACUUCUUGUUCAUUCAGAACAUAACUUUGAUCAUCUUGUUGUA